AUGCGCAAGGGCACCGCUGCCCUCAAGCGUCAGCAGGUGGCACAACUCCGUCAGCAUCACCAGCAGCUGUUGGCUGCCGCUCCGGAGCUCGCACUGGCGUCUUCCUCGCGCCUGGCUGCAGCCCUGAUCUCGUCGGCGGUGGCUUUGAGCGCCUCGUCCGCGAGCCUUGUAAAUAAUCAUCAACACAGCCAUAUUCAACAACAGCAACCGCAGCAGCCGCCACAGGCCCGCCAUCAUCACCAUCCGGCAACAUCUCACAGGCAUCACCAUCACCACCACCACUCACAUCACCACUCGCACCACCAUCAUCAUCAAUGUCGCUCGAAACGCAAACUGCAGAAAUUGUAUUAUACGCUUUGCCGUUAGAUCUGUAACUUAACUAUAUCUAUGUAUACUUGUAUGAGAGAAAGUUUCUUAGAACCACCAGCAUCAAAAGCACUUAGCUUAAGUCGAUUUACACCUGUCGUGUCGUCCUUUAUCAUAUGACCAAUGUUUCGUCCUCCAUUUUUUUGUAUAUGUAUUUAUUUAUUCCAAUUUUUUUUCGUAAUUGUACACAUCAUAAUUGGCCGUAAACUGAAAGAAUAAAUCUCAUCAGUGCAAUAAUAUACAUAUAUCCACUUAUAUAUAUACUGAUUUCAAAAUAAUUUCUUAUUUUAUUCAAACACUCCAAUCUAUUUAUUUGUAAUUGAAAAAGAUUUGUGAUUUACGCACAUGAUAUAAACUUCAUAUAAACUGUAAACUGUAAUUGUAGCGUGUCUCAAGCAAUUUUCGUUUUAAGUACCCCAAGGAAUUUAUAAUAUCAUCCGCACAGACACAUUUACCUAACCAAUCUAGAACACACACACAAAACCCACAAAGCCCUCUGAUUAAGUAUUACUUAGCGUAUGUAAGCUUUACUUUAAGUUGCAAUUGGCAAGAAAACCACAAACAAAAUGUACUUUACUUAGGUCGAUCCUCAGUUACUAUCGCGAACUGGGGUCAAAGUAUCAAAUUUGUGAGACGAGAAUUAGCGAAUAGCUAAUAUUCUCGUACAGGCUAGAUUUUUUCUGAUUGUGCUGGGCAAGUCAAAGAAGUACUCAAUGCGAAUAAAGUGAAUUUUGCCAAGUCA